UCCCAAUAUCAUCUUCGUGUGUAGCGUCUCGUCUUCUUCGCGAUGACUCACCUACUCCGCUUCGAUGCAAUAUCACCAAAUUUACCAUUUUGCCAUGCAGCCCUGUGCCCUCCUCCUGUUCCUGCCGUUAAACUUAAUCUUCGUCUGCUGCGACGAAACCCCAUCAUUUGCCCUCUGACCCGAUCGCCCUCGUCUCCUCUUCCCCACUCCCUCCGGCGCCUUCGGCUACGGUCGGUAGUCGCAUCCAUGGCCGAGGAAGCGCAAGCGAAGCCCUUCGCCGUCCUCUUCGUUUGCCUCGGGAACAUCUGCCGUAGCCCCGCUGCGGAGGCCGUGUUCACCGAUCUCGUGCGGAAGCGGGGAGCGGAGUCCAAGUUUAUGAUCGACUCCGCCGGAACCAUCGGCUAUCAUGAAGGGAAUCCAGCGGACUCGCGGAUGAGGGCCGCUGCGAAGAGAAGGGGAAUCGAAGUCACCUCCAUGUCACGGCCAAUACGCCCCUCCGAUUUCAGGGAGUUUGAUCUCAUAUUGGCCAUGGACAUGCAAAAUAGAGAGGAUAUACUGCAUGCAUAUGAGAGAUGGAGAUUUAAGGAGCCUCUUCCAGAAGAUGCCCCUAAGAAGGUUAAGCUUAUGUGCUCCUAUUGUAAGAAACACAGUGAAUCUGAAGUUCCAGAUCCUUAUUAUGGAGGCUCACAAGGGUUUGAAAAGGUCCUAGAUUUGCUGGAAGAUGCUUGUGAAUCAUUACUCCAGAGCAUCGCUGCCGAGAGCAGUCAUGCUUCAGUUUCACAGGGACGAGACAAGGAAGUAAAUUAACCCGUGAUUGGUUUUAGUCCUACUCCUGUAAUGCCAGUGAUAUACUAGAGCAUUUGUAGUGGUUGGUGGGAUUGUUGAAGCUCUGAGAUCAAAGGAAAAUCCGUGGGGAUUAUUGUGAGUAGUACACAAGUUCAGUUACUAGUUUUGCUUGAUAUUCUUGAAUCUUGACUAGAAAUUAGACGUUUGGAUGAUGUGCCAACCGUAUUUCUUCCAAAGUUUACCAUAAUUUUAUUGUUUAUGGCGGAA